CAUUGUGGCGUCAUCAGAAUGAGCUGUCAGCAUCAGGCUUCCGCGUUUUUUCUUCAAACUUCGCUCCUCCUCAUUAUUUGUGCAGUUGUACUUUUGAACACUGCGUUUGGAUCUCUGUCAUGGAGGAUAUGUUGUCAUUCUGUGAUGUGGCUAUGUACUUUUCAGCAGAGGAAUGGGAAUGCUUGGGUCCUGAUCAGUGGAAAUUGUACCGGGAUGUGAUGUUGGAAAAUUACAACAACCUUGUGUUCUUGGGUCUUGCUUCCUCUAAGCCAUACCUGGUCACAUUACUGGAACAAAUAAAAGACUCUUCAGAUAUGGAGAAACAAGAGGCCAUCACUGUGCACCCAGGGGCAAAAGGCUAUACGUGCAAAGAAUGUGGCAAAGCCUUUGAACACAAAAACGUGUAUCAGAAGCACCAGAGAACUCAUUUAAGAGUAAAGUCCUACAAGUGUGAAGAAUGUGGCAAGUCCUUCCAUUUUCCAUCAUUAUUUUCUGACCACAAAAGAAAUCAUACAGGAGAAAAACUCUACAAUUCUGAAAAUUGUGGCAAGAACUUCCAAUAUCCAUCAUUACUUUCUCAAAACAAGAUAGUUCAUACAGGAGAAAAACCUUACAAAUGUGAAGACUGUGGCAAGACCUUCCAUUAUCCAUCAAGACUUUCUGACCAUAAGAAAAUUCAUACAGGAGAGAAACCACACAAAUGUGUAGUAUGUGGCAAGGCCUUCAAUUAUCCAUCAAGACUUUCCAACCAUAAGAGAAUUCAUACAGGAGAAAAACCCUACAACUGUGAAGUUUGUGGCAAAGCUUUUCACGAUCCAUCAAAACUUUCCAGACAUAAGAAAACUCACACGGGAGAAAAACCAUACAAGUGUGAAGUAUGUGGCAAGGACUUCCAUUAUCCAUCAAGACUUUCUAAACACAAGAUAAUUCAUACAGAAGAAAAUCCCUACAAGUGUGAAGUAUGUGGCAAGGCCUUUGAUUAUCCAUCAAGGCUUUCCAACCAUAAGAAAAUUCAUACAGAAGAAAAACCAUACAAGUGUGAAAUAUGUGGGAAUGCCUUCUGUUUUUCAUCAUCACUUCGUAAACACAAGAUAAUUCACACAGGAGAGAAACCCUACAAGUGUGAAGUAUGUGGCAAGGCCUUUGGUUCUCCAUCAAGACUUUCCAAACAUAAGAAAAUUCAUACAGAAGAGAAACCAUACAAGUGUGAAGUAUGUGGAAAGGCCUUUCACUUUCCAUCAUUACUCUCGGUACACAAGAGAAUUCAUACGGGAGAAAAACCCUACAAGUGUGAGAUAUGUGGCAGGGCCUUCCACUGUCCAUCAAUAUUUUCUGUACACAAGAGAAUUCAUACUGGAGAAAAACCCUACAAAUGUGAAGUGUGUGGCCAGGCCUUCAAUAUUUCAUCAAAACUUUCUCAUCACAAGAGAAUUCAUACAAGAGAAAAACCCUACAAAUGUGAAGUUUGUGGCAAGGCCUUUCAUUAUCCAUCAAGACUUUCCAAACAUAAAAAAGUUCAUGCAGGAGGGAAUCCCUACAAUGGUGAAAUAUGUAGCAAGGGCUUCAGUUAUCCAUCAAGACUUUCCAAACAUAAGAAACUUAAUACAGAAGAGAAACUAUAGAAGUGUGAAAUAUGUAGCAAGGCCUUCCAAUAUCCAUCAUUACUUUCUAAACACAAAAUCAUUCAUACAGGAGAAACUGUACAAUGAUGAAGUCUGUGGAAAGGCCUUCCAUUCUCCAUCAAGACUUUCCAAACAUAAGGAAAUUUAUACAAAAGGAAAGCUAUACAAGGGUGAAGCACAUGGAAAGGCCUUACAUUAUUCAUCUUUACUUUCUAAACAUGAUCAUUCAAACAGGAGAGAAUACCUAACAUGGUGAAGAUUCCCCAAGCUCCAAGGAAAAAACCUGAUGGAGACUUCCAACCUGGGUGCUCUGACUAAUGUUUGGCUGUGGGUUUGUACCUCCAUUUUCCACCAGCUUUCAGAGAAAGUUACUCUAAUGAGUGGACUAGGCAUGUAUCUCUUAGAAUACUAUGAUGGUGAAUAGGUAUGGCCCUCAUAGACUCAUGUGAUUGAAUUCUUGUCUCAUAAAGAGUGACACUAUUAGGAGAUGUGGGCUUUUGGGUUUCCUUGUUGUAGGAUGUGUGUCAUUGUGGGAGUGGGCUUUGAAUUCUGUACUCAAGCUAUGCCUAGAAACAAAAACUCCUGUUCAGUUUUACCAAUGAGGACUCAGGAACCAGAUAUCAUUGUAAAGUCUGCUAGCUCAAAGAAUCAAAGAAUUCACCCAACUGACCUUACUACUCCACUGACAUCUCAGAUGGAAAAAGCUCUUUUGUUCCUUUUCCACCCUGUCUUAAAUACACUUCAAAAUUCUGUCUUUCUGUUUAUUUAUGUUCACUCCCUGCUAGCUUGUUGCUUGUUCUGUCUCUUCACCUAUGGUUGUAUUUAUUUGACUCUUGAAUUAAAGGUGUGUACUAGGGCUAAGCCACAAUACAAAAAGGGUUUUCUAGUUCACAAUCUUGGGGUUCAUAAUGUGAUAAAAUAUCCUGUAACAUUCCCACCUUUUAUCUAAAUAAAAGACUCUUUCUCUAACAUCAAUGAACUACAUAGUAUAUGGUAAGUAUUACGUUCAAAAUGACCAGUCCAUUUCUAUUUGCUAACUUUGAAGAACAUAGUAUGUCCUCUAUUAUUGUGAGUUCAACAUUCUGUAUCUAAAUAACAUUUUAUCAUAACUUCAUUUACCAACCUAAAAACAUAUUUUUGUGCCUUAAAACAUCAACUUAAGCUUAAUUAUGAGACUAUAGCUAACUGGUCUUUAACCCAUUAUAUACCUGAGAAGGGAAAUAUUUCCUGAAUAAACAGGAAGUGGAGAGCAAGCAGCUUCCAAACUAUAGAAAUGUUAGGGACAUCUGGCAGUCUCCAAAAAUUCCCCUGCAGCAUUGGACUAUUGGCCCAGAAUACCUUACAGAUUUCUCUGUGAACAAGAUAUAUAAAGGAUUUCUCUAUCUUGUCCUGGGAGAGUUCAGCAGUCUAAGUUGUGUCCUGCUUGUCCACAGUUUAGACAGUAUACGAUCAGCAGUUGAGCCAAUGGUAGCAUGCCACAUUUGCAGCAAACUCCAUUAGGAGGUCCUUGAUGCUCGUCAUCAUCUUCAAAGUAGUACAGGGGUGCUACCAGGAGUUGAUCUUUCUAAUUGUCAAAAAUUAAUAAAAUAUCUUUUAACGCCAUAUUCUACAGAUUUCUAAUGUUUCUGAAGACCAUCUAACAGUCUCAGUAUAUUUGAAUAAGUAAAUGUUGCUUAUCUUUAGCUGUUUACUAUCUCAUUGACAUAGAAAAUAUCUAUGAUUAACUGAACUAGUACCUAACAAAUCCACAAGUUUGAAUGACUUAAGAGGACUGAAUUAUCUAGAGUGGGGCCGACUCCAUGACAGGCUGCAAAUUGGCAAUUUGUGAUACUAGGACUACAUUUUUCUUUUCCAGAUUAGAACAUGGAAACCAGAACCUAUGAUCAUCCAACCACAGCCAUGAGCCAAUCUGAGGACACUUUGUCAUCUGGCCUGAAGUAAGCAUAGGUACUUAAAAUGAUUAAGCAAACCCCAUGGGAAGUCUCCGAAGCCUAACCAAUUGUAGAAUCAGUUACACCUGUAGAAAUAGAGCUAACCAAUCAAGGUUAAAGGGCACAGAACCCUUCCUGGAAUUCCUCUAACUGACAAUCAAAGCUGGGCCUGUGAGUCUACUAAGGGUCUCCAUUCCCAAAUGCAGAGACCCCUGCAUGUAGGAAAUUCUUCUGAAUAAAUGCUCUUUGCUUUUGCAUACUA